AUGUUGGAAAUGAUAGAAAGCUGGGAAAAUUUAGAAGGAUAUAUUAUAAAUUCAGUUUGUAAUGAUCCAGCAAAUCCAAAUAAAUUUUUUAGUGAUGGCUGAGCAGCCUACAAUCAACUGCCAACAAUUGGAUAUCUGCAUUCAAUUGUCUACCAUAAUAGAGACUUUGGCACGGAAGGUUCACAACCAAUAAUAUCGAGAUAA